CGCCUCCGGAGGAGCUAAGUACUUACGUCGCCAUGAUCGUCCCUGUGCGCUGCUUCACGUGCGGCAAGGUGCUGGCCAACAAGUGGGAGACGUACCUGGGCCUGCUGCGCGCCGACUACACGGAGCGCGACGCGCUGGACGAGCUUUCGCUCAAGCGCUACUGCUGCCGCCGCAUGAUGCUCACGCACGUGGACCUGAUCGAGAAGCUGCUGCACUACAACACGGGCGCCAUUGAGAGAGGCGACGACUGAGUGCUGACCAGACCAGACGUCGACGCGUGAGAGCAUGGAGACCGAAGAGCUACGGCCGCUCUUGUGACAGUAUUAUAGUCCUCCUUCCCUACUUUAAAUCGCACCCAGCACCAUUCAUCUUUC